AUGCGGUUGCUAAGAAACACUAUAUACCGAACAGGACCUCUGCGCAUGCGGGAGGAGGCAGCGCCUUGUACUUUCUGUGAACUACGGUGGCCCGGAAGGGGCUGGCGCUUGCUCGAACGGCAAUGCGGAGGCGGCGUGGCUUGGGGUGGAUCUCCAGCAGCAUUUUCAGAUCAAGGUUGUUCUACAACCACCUCCUCAGACUGCUCAAACGCCCUUGAUGUUCAGGACAAGCAGGAGCCAUCCUCUGUCAGUUUGCCUACCUUUUCUGUAGCACCUGUGUGUUUGCAGAGACAUUCUCAGAUGAGCAGUACUGGAGAAAUAAUGCUCCUUCAGUUAACAGUGAUCAAAGUGAUGAUAACCCGAAUAUUGUCUGUGGAAACUGAAUUCCAUGCAAAGGAGAAAUACAGAGAUAUAAUUAAAAUUCUUUUAAAAUCAUCUGACAUCGAAUCUCAAUUGACCUGUAUGUUCCAAAACUCGGAAAAAUUGUUAUCUCACAUGGCUGCAAAGUGCCUUGCACUAAUUCUGUAUUUCCAACUGAAGGAAAAGAUAACAUUGAGUAAUUCCUGGAUUUCUUUUUGCCAAAAAAAUAUUUCUGAAUAUUCUGAAAGUAAUAAAGUAGUAUACUGCCUCUGGAUACUUACCUUUGUAAUUAAAGAAAUCUUUAAAGAUACAUCUUCACAAAAAACAGAAAUUCUAAAACAGUUCCUGACUCCUUUUGACACUCUUUUUGAAGUCUUUUACAAUUCCUUAUUUUCUCAGCAUUUUGAAAACCACCAAGGUGCUUCUAAUAAACUAAUAAACAGUUUGAUAUGUUUCCUGGAAUUGCUUGAACUUCUUAUAGCCUCUAGAAUCUACCUGAAGUUACAUUUCACUUGCCAGAGGAUUUUAUUUUUGAAACCUUCUUGUGUGUUUGAUGUUAUUACCUGGCCUGUUCAGGCUUUUGUCAAAAGGAAGUUGAUCGUCUUCAUCAAAAAGUGCCUUCUGUGCAAAGUGGGUGAAGACCUUUGUCGGGGAUCUGUCGCUGUCUUCAUGCCACCAGAUAAUCCUUUGGAUGUGGACCUGUUGGCUUUGGCCAGUGCUGUUCUGCAAGCUGUGGAUUUGGGCUUGUUGAGGAUGCUGUCUGUUCGUGGAAAACAUUCCUGCUUUGGAGGUGGUGAAGUCCUAGCUGGAUAUGAGCAUGCCCCUGGUCCAGAUCAUGUGAUUCUUAGAGCAUUGAGCUUACUUAUCAUAAGAUCCUUAGAAAUCAAGUUUCAAAAUUGUGCUUCAGCUAAUGAAAUGAAAGUUGAUUACCAGAGGUUCAUGUCUGAGUUGCUGACCUUCUUAAAGCCUCACCUUCAGCCCUCUCUGCAAUCACACAAUCUCUGUGAGUGGUUGUCUAGGGUCUUCAUAGAACAAGAUGAUGACAUGCUGGAGGCUGCCAAAGCAUUGCUGGGCAUCUACCUGAAGUUGACCAGAGAAUGUGAAGCUACUGAAAGCUUGACCCAAGAAACAGAAAUGUGGAGCCAUCACACACAUGAAAAUGGCUAUAAUCCACACUGUAUUUUUUUAUUUUUAUUAAAAAAUAUAGGAUUUGAUUCUACUGUUCUUCUUGAUUUUUUGAUUUCAUCAGAAACUUGUUUUCUUGAAUAUUUUGUUAUAUACUUAAAAUUAUUGCAAAAAGACUGGGAUAAUUUUUUCACCAUUUGCAAAUAUUUUGAUGUAACUGAAUCUAAAGAUAACAUACAUAUUUGUUGUUGUACCUCCUCACUUGUCCAAGAUAGAAACAGCAACUCAACAGAAGCUAGUCCUUUGGCUGUUCUUGGUAGUCACACAAAUGCUCAUUCUUGGGUCUCCUGGACUUCUGCUGCUUUUUCUGAACCACUGAACCAUGGUGUAACGUUGGAGAAGGCCCACACCAAGCUCCAGGCUAAUUGUCUUUCUACCCCAGGAGCUCCUCAAAGUCUGGUAGAUUAUGACAGCUCUGAUGAUUCUGAAGAAGGAUCCACAAGCCUGUGUUUAGUAAACAGUAGACUAACAUCUUCACACCAAGAAGCAACGAAGAAAACUCAGGACACAUUUGGAGUAAGUGGGGAUAAAAAAGAACUUAGCCCAGAGUCUCAGUCAAGGCCUCUGGUUACUGAAGAAUCUAAUACCCGGUUCUCUGUUUAUUGUGAUGGAGCCCCAAAUAACACUGCUUCUGAAGUGGGAAUGUCUUACAGAACAGUAAAGUGCUUUGAAGAGCUACAAGGUGCCAUUUACCGUUUGCAGAAGAAAAGUCUGUUCCCAUAUAAUCCAACAGCACUUCUGAAGUUGUUAAAACAUAUUGAGACAAUAUAUAAUAAAAGUAUGACCCCUUUGUAA